CUCUCUGCUACAUUUAUCAAAAAGAAAUCCACGACUCAAUGUCUCUUCAAAAUUUCUUCAAAUUUCUCAAGAAAACAUCAGUUGAAGAAAGGGGAAGAAAACCUUCAGCACUUCCAAAGGGACUAUGUCGUCAAUUUUCACUAGCUGAGCUCAAAGCUGCCACCAACAACUUCGAUGAUGAUUUGAAAAUCGGUGAAGGUCGUCUUUGCCCACUGUACAAGGGCUUCAUUGAUGGAGGCUCCUUGGUUGUUGCCGUCAAACGCUUGAGUGGCCUAUCGUCAGGAUCAGUAGACGAAGAGUUCCGAAAUGUGGAACAAGGAGUUGAAGAGUUCCCAAAUGAGGUACAGGUACUCUGCCAGCUGCGCCACCAGAAUCUUGUCUCUCUCCUCGGGUUUUGUCACGAGGAGGAUGAGAGGAUCCUUGUGUAUGAAUAUGUGACCCAUGGGGGAUUGGAUGGUCAUCUUUUUAAGAAUGAUGAUCCCCUCCCAUGGAAGCGGAGACUAGAGAUAUGCAUUGGGGUAGCGCGUGGAUUACACUACCUUCACACAGGUGCAAAACUUUGGAUUAUCCCUAAUUGGUCCCUCUAGCUUCUCAA